AUGGAACACUCUUUGUUUUUGAAAACUAAUUGUGGUAAAAUAUUUGCGGAAAUCAAGAAUGUACGCCGUAGUGAUACUUUAUUGUCAGUUCGGGAACGUGUCGAUAUCACUGAUAGACAAAAUUUUAACUUUUUACUCUUUGGGACACCACUGAAAUCUAAACAAGAGUCUAAAACCCUUGUGCAAGAUUGCAGUGUUUUAAGUAAGUCUGAUGGAAACGCAGAAAUUACAAUUAGAAUAAUCAACGCGCCAGUUGAGAAUAUUAAAGCUGUUCAUCCGGCCCCAUCUCACCCUGCUUCACGGUUAUUUGUCAAGACUCCGCAGUCAAAAGUAGUAUCAAGCGCUGAUUGCCUUCCCGGUGGUAAUAAGCCUGUGUUCGAGAAGGGUGCCUUUGGUAAUUGUUUUGCUCCACAAAAAAAAAUCUCACCGAAACUGCGCAAGUUAGAGGUCUAUACCGAGGACGAAAUAUCAGAAGUGACAGGGCUCCUAUCAAAAGAAAAGAUGAGAUUUCAUAAUAACAUGGUAUCGCAAAUUGAGAAAGAUGAAAGCCUUCAAGGAUGGAUGAAGCAAGAACUUCUUGGUGUCAUAGAAUCUUCAUGGGUAAUGAAACGAACUGAGCUUCUGAAAGUGAAAGUUAAAGAACUGGUCGUGAAAGAACAAAUUGUCUUUGAGAUUGGAGAAGGAAAAAAUAUCAUGAGAAAUCUUGAUGAAGUCGAGAAGGCUCACUUCGAUGUCAAACGUGGAUAUGAGAAUUUUUGUUCCGAUCUUGAUAGGAAUCAAGGUAAAAGAGAAGUUCUUGAAAAAAAAUUUGAUGCAGUUUUCAGCAAUUUGAAACAAAGUCAAGGCAAACUCCACAAAUCUUUAGAGUCAUUACACGUUUCAACUCAUAACGUGGACAAGCCAGAUGGAGACAAAAAAAAGAGUGUUAUAUAUGACGAGCUAUCCGAUGGCGAAAUUGAAAACAUCGCUCAAGACAUAAAAACUGAAUAUGAAAGUAAUUAA